AUGUCCCACAAGCGCGCGAGCCUCGGGGGCCUGGCACCGGAGCUACAAUGUCUCAUCGCCGACCACGUUGAUCCCUCUGGCCUCCUCUCUCUCCGAUUGACGAAUCGCAGCUUUGCAGCAGCCGUCGAAGACCGCUUCGUGCCUACGUUCUUCACCACUCGUGUGCACUUGGUCACUCGCCAUGCACUACACGCCCUUGGGGAGAUAUGCGCUGUCCCGAGAUGGACCGCCCAUUUGAAAGAGAUCGAGCUCGUAUUCUGCAAGGCUCGCGAACCAGAUUACUCCAUACCGAUUGAGACGAGACGGCCGCUGGAAUGCAGAUGUGCCAAUGCCAACAUCAAGAUUGAGCUGGAAUACGAAGCGUUGUUCGACAACGAGUACGAUGUCCUGCUCCUGACACAAAUGUUCUGCAACUUGAACCGAGCCAAACGUCGAGUUCGGAUUAGCGUCGGUCCUGACGACUACAAAAUGGGCAUCUCGGUAUUCGGUGUCAAAACCUUCGAACGGGUCAUCGAUCACCCCUUGGACAUUUGGUUGGGUCCGGGUGAUGGAGGCCAGAAGCUUGUCGGCGAUCUUUUGACGGCGGCAGCAGCCGCCGGGUACAGAUUCUCCGAACUUUUACUGUUUGACGGCACUGACGACCGUCACAUUGAGGAGAUAGAGCUGGAUAUCCCCGCGCCCUUGUUGGACCAACUGCGUACAUGCUGGUCCACGCUCACCCGACUUGUUUUGGGUCAUGUCAGAAACGACCGGUACGACAGCAGUCGUGAUGUUGUUCAUCAGCUUCUCCCUUCUGCGACACGGCUCGAGGAAUUGACGAUUUCGGGAUCCACAUGGAAGGCAGACACGGUGCGCGACUGGGCGGAAUCCUUACAGACAACCUGCCUCCGGAAGCUGGAGAUGUGGCAGAUCACGGGCUACAUGAGGGACUUCAUCGCACUGUUCGUGCGGCACAAACGCACCUUGCGCAAGCUUGAGCUAGUGUUUUGCUGCAUGGAACCAUAUCCAGACGGAUGCUGGCUUACUUUGUUCUGGCAUGUGGCGACAUUGCUGCAGCUGGAACAUUUCUGCGGAGCCGAUUUCGAGUAUUGGGACGCAUGUACCCUCAGACAUGCCGGAAAACGGCUGGAGUGGGACUACAGGGACAACGCAUCGGCACUGGCGCAAGUGGAGUAUCUGCGCAUUCCCGGCAACACCUACAUGUCAAAUGAGAUGGACUGA